CAAGUACAUUCAAUAUAAAAUGCCCAUUCUGUCAUCAUAUGAACAAGGCUGAAACUUCAAGGCAACAUACAACUGGCAAGCGAGGCCCAAAGGCAUUUGAUAUCAACACUAGGGUUGCUCUUGGCUCUCUUCAUGCUGGCAUUGGUGAAACCCAUAUGAACAAUAUUUUGUCUUGCAUUAACAUACCUGCAAUAAAUUCAAAUACUUUUAAACAAAGAGAAAGAGAAGUGGGGAAAGCUGUUGAGGAGAUAGCAAGGCAAAGUUGCAAGGAGGCCACAAAUUCGAUAAGAAAUGGAAUUAUGACUACCACUGCUGAACUUAAUGAGAAUGAUUUGGUUUCUGUCCCAUGUUCAUUUGACAUGGGUUGGCAAAAAAGAGGAAAGGGCCAUAAACAACAAGUUCAGUACUCUACCUACACUGGAGAUGAUGAUUCCACAACAGAGGCACAUAUUCGCCAAAAAGUAGAAUACAAAGUGGAAAAACGUAGCGACAUUGUACAUAUGAAAAGGUCCCUAACUACACGCCUAUAUAAUUUGAAGCAAAAUGCCAAAUUUCCAGAAAGUUCUACACUAUCAACAAAGGUCAUCAACUAUCUAGUGAGAUGUUUUUCAUAUGCCAUUACACAAAACAAAGGAAAUCCAAAUGAAAUAAAAAAAGCAGUUGAAAGUAUUGUUCCCCAUGCUUUUGGAAACCAUGCAGACUGUGAUAUCAGUUGGUGUGGAUACAAAGGUGACCUGACCAAUUACAAACAUAAGACUCUUCCAUAUGGUAAGGAUCUCUUUGGUGAAAACUUAAUGAAUGCACUAAAUAAUAUAUUCAAUGACUAUUGCACUGAGACUGUGGUAAACAAAAUAGCACCAUGCUCUAAUUCACAGAGAAAUGAGGCCCUAAACAGUGUUGUUGGAUAA